AUCUUCUGCUGAUAGCUUUUCUUAUAUUAUCUUUGUGCAUGGCUAAAUCCCUUUAUUCCCGAUAAGCUGCAGAUGACUUUGACGCAUGAGCUGCUGAUUCAGAAAACCACAAAGUUUCUUUGUAUAGUAGUUGCUCCUUUUCAGUUGCUUAACCGCUCAGUAUCUUCACAUGCUCACUGUGUAUUUUAGCCUAUAAAUUACCUUCAAAAUGCCAUGUUUUAGCAAGUAUCAGAAGCAGUAGAAGAAGUGGAAGCAAUUUGGAGAAGAAGCUCUAUCAAAGAAUGACGAAUUCAAGCCAAGAACAUGCCAUUGGCAUCCCUUUCCGAUCUGUGGGUGGAAAAUCUUCCCUUCAUGAACCAAUUGUGGCGUAUGCUCGCACAACGCAAUAUGGAACCUCCCAGCUUAAGCAGAAGGGAGCGGAGUCCAUCAUUGGCCUGGUCAACAGGUUCAAAAGAAAAGCAGAUAAUCUUGCACAGGGCAUAAGGGAUCAUGUAAGUUUGGGACCUGGAGUCUCUGAAACUGUGAAAGCGAAGUUGAAGUUGGGUACAAGGAUUCUUCAAGCUGGAGGAAUUGAGAGAGUAUUUAAGAAAAGCUUCUCCAUUGGAGAGGGAGAAAAGCUGGUGAAGGCCUUUCAGUGCCAUCUUUCAACAACCGUUGGUCCUAUUCCUGGGCUCCUCUUCAUUUCAACAGAGAAGAUAGCUUUCCUGAGCGAUCGGUCUCUGGUUAUCCGAUCACCUAGAGGAAACAUUGUGAGGACCCCCUACAAGGUAUUGAUUCCACUGAGAAGGAUAAAGGGUGUCAAUCCAAGUGAAAAUGCUGACAAACCAAACCAGAAAUAUAUUCAUAUAGCAACCAUUGACAAUUUUGAGUUCUGGUUCAUGGGGUUUGUUAGUUAUCAAAGAUCUUUCAAGAACUUACAGCGAGCAAUAUUCUCAAAAUCACAAAUCAGCUUUCUUCAAUAAAGUGAUAAGAAUUUAGAUAGGAGAGAUAUAUAUAUAUGCUGAUGAAAACAGUGGAGCUUGAAAACAUCUCGCUGUUAUUGGCGUAGAGACUACUUCACAUUUUUCCAGCAACCAUCUUGAUCCCAUCUCCUGGUUUUCAUUUCCUCUUCUUAUUUGUACAGUUAAGGAAGCUUAAUGAAAGACAUUUCCCUCAUGAAA